ACUUGAACAUGUUUCUUGAUCCCUUGGCAGCAAAAGAAGUUUUAGAUUCAGAACUAGACGUCACACUCAUUCCACUGGAUGUGCAGCGAAGAGUUAGUUGUUUCAAAGAGUGUCUUGCCAAACUGAGGCUCUCAAAUAAAACCCCUGAGGCUACUUGA